CUUAACCAAUGCUAAAGGUGAUUACGUGAACUAGCGUCACUACAUGGCGCUAAGUUCGCCAUUAAAGUUAGAGCGGAUUUAGCAGCCGACAACAGAACAGUGUCGCAGCAUUUCCCUGUUCGUUUUCACCCGAAGUUUCCCGCCUCUGUUAUGAGAUAGCUCUGCCGUAGCCUUUUGUUCACUAGCUCUUAGUCCGUUUGCGGUACGGUUAGCUUAUUUUGCGCUAAAAUGUCCGGAGGAUUCGCUCGAGGACCCUCGGGAAGCAACGAUUGUCGGAUAUAUGUGGGGAAUCUUCCCCCAGACAUCCGCUCCAAAGACGUCGAAGACUUAUUUUAUAAAUACGGAUCUGUGCGUGAUAUUGACCUGAAGAACCGCAGAGGAGGACCACCGUUUGCUUUCGUUCAGUUCGAGGAUCCGAGGGACGCUGAGGAUGCUGUGUACGGGCGAGAUGGGUAUGAUUACGAUGGCUAUCGACUUCGUGUGGAGUUUCCAAGAAGUGGAAGGGGUGGCGGCGGAGGAGGAGGAGGAGGUGGUGGAGGCGGAGGCAUGGGGCCGUCAAGGAACCGGUAUGGCCCUCCAUCCCGACGCUCUGAAAACAGAGUGGUUGUGUCAGGUCUUCCCCAAAGCGGGAGCUGGCAGGACCUGAAGGAUCACAUGCGGGAGGCAGGUGAUGUAUGUUACGCUGAUGUCUUCCGCGAUGGCACAGGUGUGGUGGAGUUUGUGCGCAAAGAAGACAUGACCUACGCUGUGCGUAAAUUGGAUAACACCAAGUUUCGUUCUCAUGAGGGAGAGACGGCCUACAUUCGUGUGAAGAUGGAUGGCAAUCGCAGCCCCAGCUACGGCCCCUCUCGCUCUCGUAGCCGCAGCAGAAGCCGCAGCAAGAGCCGAUCCCGCAGCUACUCCCCACGCCGCAGCAGGGGAUCCCCCCAGUACUCGCCCCGGCGUUCCCGUUCACGCUCCCGUUCCCGUACUUAGAUCUGCCUAAACUGAAGCAGCGGUGUACCUCAGAGCCAGAGAGGAGGCGGUCACGUUUAAAAUCCAGUGGUUACUCCCAGGAUCAUCUCUCACUUGUGUACAAUGUUGUUUUGUGUGUUUCACCCACCCCUCCUUCUCCAUUUUGUUUUCCCUACUUUUUUUGCAGACCUGAUUUUCUCUCCCGCUUGGCUUCCUCUGUCUUUUCCCCUUCUGUUUCUGCUAUCCACCUUUUUCUCGUCCCAGCAUAUUUUUUUUUUCUCUUCUCGUUGAAUGCUUUUGUUUUUUCUUUUUAGCCAUCGUCUUUGACUUCUCCAUAGCAUAUACAACUGUCCUUUGACCUUCUUGUGUGUUUCUCUGUAGAAUUCAGAGGAACAGGAUAGGAUGGGAAGAGAGGAAACAGUUCAUUUUAGGAUAAACAGGAGGAGGAGGAGGAGUCAAAUAUGGCACCAAUGGUAUGAUGGCUGUGCCUUGUCGACUGUGAAAUCUUCACUUAAGGCUUUUGUGAAUCUCUUUUCCUUUAAAUACUCAGUUUACACUUGAGUACUGCUGUUGAAUGUUACAGUAAAGUGUGCUGUAAACUGUUUUUGGGGACCCUAAAAUGUAUUUGUUUGUUUUUUUUUUUGUUUUUUUGUUUGCUUCUCAUCUUUUUGUAGUCAAAGUAUUGUUUUGGAUUUGAUUGGUAGUUGAAUUAUUAAUAUUUUUAAAAUGUUUUCCAAAGGUGUGAUUCUAACUCACCUCCUUCUCUUUGGUUCUGCUGGUUAUUCUAAAGGUUUGGACUGGGCUCAUUGGCUCACCUUUCCGGAUCCGGAUCAGGAUUCAGGAUCAGUUUAGGAUUAGGCUUCAGGAUGGAUACAUGGAGCACGACCCCGGCCCUGUCCACCUUACCCCGGCUAACCGGAAACCUCUCAGUAAACGAGAUAAAUCAAACUGAUUUGGCUUUCGAAAUUAUCAAAAUUAUUCCUUCAUUUUUGGUCUGGGACACCAGAGACGCAGAGUUACUGGCUGCAGAGUGGGGAAACCAUUUCUCAAUUUUUUUAUUUUUUAUUUUUUUAAUUGUAAAAAGAAGAGCAAAGCUUGGAUAGGAUCCAGUAGGAGGGCAUGGAGGUGCAGGAUGGAUCCCACGCGUAAGGAGAGCGGUAAAUUGUGGGGAACAUUUGUCAGGGGAUGAGGGAGGUGUGGUUGGUAAAAUGAAAGGAUGCUCAAAAUGGUAUGACUUUUCUUAGUUCAGUCAUUUCCAAAGAUGGAUAAUUUGUGAUUUUCAGUAUUUCACUGCUUAUUUCUCUUUUAAUAAAACAUUCAGUAACAAUAAGUGA